AUGCUGCCGGCCAUUUACACCGUUUUGGCGGGGCUGCUGCUCCUGCCGCUGCUGGUGAACGUGUGCUGUCCGUACUUCUUCCAGGACGUGGGCUACUUCCUGCGGGUGGCCGGCGUGGCCCGGCGGGUGCGCAGCUACGGGCGGCGGCGGCCAGUGCGCACCAUCCUACAGGUUUUCCUGGAGAAAGUGCGCCAGACGCCACACAAGCCUUUUCUGCUCUUCCGCGAUGAGACGCUCACCUACGCGCAGGUGGACCGGCGCAGCAAUCAGGUGGCACGGGCGCUGCGCGAACAUCUCGGCCUGCGCCAGGGGGACUGCGUGGCGCUCUUUAUGGGCAACGAGCCGGCCUACGUGUGGCUGUGGCUGGGUCUGGCCAAACUGGGCUGUCCCAUGGCGUGUUUGAACUACAACAUCCGCGCCAAGUCCCUGUUGCACUGCUUCCAGUGCUGCGGGGCGAAGGUGCUGCUGGCCUCGCCAGAACUACAAGCGGCUGUUGAAGAGGUGCUGCCAACCCUGACAAAGGAUGACGUGUCCAUCUAUUACGUGAGCAGAGCUUCCAACACGGACGGGAUUGACUCCUUCGUGGACAAAGUGGACGAAGCGUCAGCUGAGCCUAUCCCGGAGUCCUGGAGGUCUAAAGUCAGCUUUUCCACUCCCGCCUUAUACAUUUAUACCUCUGGAACCACAGGUCUCCCGAAAGCAGCAGUGAUCAGUCAUUACCGCAUAUGGUAUGGAACCGGCCUUGCUGUUGCAAGUGGGAUUAGGAAAGAUGAUGUCAUCUAUACAACUCUGCCCUUGUACCACAGUGCUGCACUUAUGGUUGGAUUGCAUGGAUGUAUCCUGAAAGGUGCUACUCUUGCAUUACGGACCAAAUUUUCAGCCAGCCAGUUUUGGGAUGAUUGCAGAAAAUACAAUGUCACUGUCAUUCAGUAUAUUGGUGAACUCCUUCGGUAUUUAUGCAGCUCACCCCAGAAACCAAAUGAUCGUGAUCAUAAAGUGAGGCUGGCACUGGGAAAUGGCUUGCGAGCAGAUGUUUGGAGAGAAUUUGUCAAGCGAUUUGGGGACAUUCAUAUUUAUGAGUUCUAUGCUGCCACCGAAGGGAACAUUGGAUUUCUGAAUUAUACAAGAAAAGUCGGUGCUGUUGGCAGAGUAAACUACCUACAGAGAAAAAUUAUAACUUACGAGCUGAUUAAAUAUGAUGUGGAGAAAGAUGAGCCUGUCCGAGAUGGAAAUGGAUAUUGCAUCAAAGUUCCCAAAGGUGAAGCCGGACUCCUAGUUUGUGGCAUCACAGAACUUACACCAUUUAGUGGUUAUGUUGGAGGAAAGACUCAGACAGAGAAAAAAAAACUGAAAGAUGUCUUUAAGAAAGGAGACCUCUUUUUCAACAGUGGAGAUCUCCUGGUGAUUGACCAUGAAAAUUUCAUCUACUUCCAUGAUAGAGUUGGAGAUACUUUCCGGUGGAAAGGGGAAAAUGUGGCCACCACUGAAGUUGCUGACAUAGUUGGACUGGUUGAUUUUGUCCAAGAAGUGAAUGUUUAUGGAGUGCCUGUGCCAGGUCAUGAGGGUCGAGUUGGCAUGGCCUCGAUCAAGAUGAAGGAGAACCAUGAAUUUGAUGGAAAGAAACUCUUCAAACACAUUGCUGAUUACCUGCCUACUUACGCAAGACCACGGUUUAUAAGAAUACAGGACACCAUUGAGAUCACUGGAACUUUCAAACAUCGCAAAGUGACCCUUGUGGAGGAGGGCUUUAACCCUGCAGUCAUCAAAGAUGCCUUGUAUUUCUUGGAUGACCAAGCAAAAAUGUAUGUGCCUAUGACUGAGGACAUUUAUAAUACCGUAAAUGAUAAAACUCUAAGACUCUGAAUAUUCCUGAGAGAACAAUUCAUAAUAUCCCUAGAAAGAAGCUGAAUGUGCCUAGUACAGCUACCUGAUAUAAUCAAAGUUGAUCGAAGAUUGCCAGGUGCAAUUUUUCUUAGGAAGUUAUGCCUCCUGAUAAAGGGAGAUUUUUUAGUUUUUAGUUACAUCUGAGCCUUUUUUGAUUGAAAAGAUUUCAAGAUAAUUACUUUUCAGUUUGCAUCUACUGCUUGUAUUUGCCCACUGAACUCAUUGGAUGGAGGGUGUUGUUGUUUUUUUUUUUUAUAUAUAUAAUAAAAUAGAUGAACCCCAGCAUAUGAGAUGGCGUGGUCUCUCGUGUUCUUUCCUGACUUUAAAUGCAAACCCUGUGGCAACCCCUUGACUCUGACAGCCUUAUUUGUAACUUUUCACAAGUGUCCCACUCACAGUGGUUAUGGUAUUCUAGAUGAAAAUGAGGGGAGCAGUGGAUCACCAGUGGCCAGCUCAGUGGAAAUUCAACUCCAGUAUAAGGAGACAAACUCUCCCACCGUGAGCAUCCUGGCUACCAUGUGCAAACAGCAUUAUCCAACAGCUGAUGAUGC